CCCGCCAUGGCCCGCCUGACGGAGAGCGAGGCGCGCCGGCAGCAGCAGCAGCUCCUGCAGCCGCGGCCCUCGCCCGUGGGCAGCAGCGGGCCCGAGCCCCCCGGGGGGCAGCCCGACGGCACGAAGGACCUGGACGCCAUCAAGCUCUUCGUGGGCCAGAUCCCGCGCAACCUGGACGAGAAGGACCUCAAGCCACUCUUCGAGCAGUUCGGCCGCAUCUAUGAGCUCACGGUGCUCAAAGACCCCUACACGGGCAUGCACAAAGGCUGUGCCUUUCUCACCUACUGUGCCAGGGACUCCGCCAUCAAAGCUCAGACUGCCCUGCACGAACAGAAGACCUUGCCCGGGAUGGCGCGGCCAAUCCAGGUGAAGCCUGCGGACAGCGAAAGCCGUGGAGGUAGGGACCGGAAGCUGUUUGUGGGAAUGCUGAACAAGCAGCAGUCAGAGGAGGACGUGCUGCGGCUGUUCCAGCCCUUCGGGGUCAUCGACGAGUGCACCGUGCUGCGGGGACCUGAUGGCAGCAGCAAAGGCUGUGCCUUCGUGAAGUUCUCCUCCCACACCGAGGCUCAGGCGGCCAUCCACGCCCUGCACGGCAGCCAGACCAUGCCGGGUGCCUCCUCCAGCCUGGUGGUCAAGUUUGCCGACACGGACAAGGAGCGGACGCUGAGACGCAUGCAGCAGAUGGUGGGCCAGCUGGGCAUCCUGACUCCGUCCCUCACCCUGCCCUUCAGCCCCUACAGUGCCUACGCCCAGGCUCUCAUGCAGCAGCAGACAACGGUCCUGUCCACAUCAGGCAGCUACCUGAGCCCCGGCGUGGCCUUCUCACCCUGCCACAUCCAGCAGAUUGGCGCUGUCAGCCUUAACGGGCUGCCUGCCACGCCCAUCGCCCCUGCCUCUGGUGUCGUGCCCUUCCCUGGUGGGCACCCUGCCCUAGAAACCGUAUAUGCCAAUGGCCUUGUGCCCUACCCAGCUCAGAGUCCGACGGUAGCCGAGACCCUCCAUCCUGCCUUCUCUGGAGUCCAGCAGUACACAGCCAUGUACCCCACCGCGGCCAUCACGCCCAUCGCGCACAGCGUCCCCCAGCCGCCGCCCCUCCUGCAGCAGCAGCAGCGAGAAGGAGUUUGGAGACACGGAGCUGACGCAGAUGUUCCUGCCUUUCGGCAAUAUCAUCUCCUCCAAGGUGUUUAUGGAUCGGGCCACCAACCAGAGCAAAUGUUUUGGCUUCGUGAGCUUUGACAACCCGGCCAGCGCGCAGACUGCCAUCCAGGCCAUGAAUGGCUUUCAGAUCGGCAUGAAGAGGCUCAAAGUGCAGCUGAAGCGGCCCAAAGACCCGGGACACCCCUACUGACC